CUUGAAGCUCACUUUGAAUUGCUUAGGAGGUUACAGCUCAGCCUUUCCAAGUAGUCAUUUCGAAAUGGGGAGAGGAGGUUAAAUCGAAGGCCGCCACUAUUCUUUUGGGUAUUUGAAUGCGAAUUUCUUUUCUGAAACCACUACACAUACAAAACUGGCCUCUUCUUUUAAUGGUCUCUGGUUAAGUAAAGAUGGGUUUGCUCUGUAUCAACUGUGGAUCGCCAGUGAAUGCCCUCUUCAUCCAGUACUCCCCUGGUAACAUCAGUCUCACCAAAUGUGCGAAAUGCAAGGCAGUUGCAGACGAGUACAUUGAAUGUGAGAUAAUGAUACUUUUGAUUGAUUUGAUCUUGCAUAAGACUAAGGCCUUUCGACAUUUGUUCUUCAACUUGCUGCAUCUAAAUAAGUAUGGCUUGCAGGAUCUUGUUUGGAAGGCAGCGAUAAUUUUCUUAUUAUUGGAUACUUGCAGGCAGGUGGUUUUGAAUCCGAGCAAAUUGCACUCUGAAUUGUCUAGAAGUGAUCUCUCCAUGUGGAUUGCAACUGGGAAGAUAAUGGCAAACACAGUUUUGAGCAACCUAUUAUUUUUCUGCAUAUUAUUUAUCAUGGUCAAUUCUUUCAAAAGUAAGAAAGAAAAUUUUGAGAACAGUUAUAUGGAGGUUUCUAUGGCUAUCCUCUUCUCAAGUUACUUCAAGAUAUUCAUCCUUGCGAUGAUGGUUUGGGAUUUUCCAUCAUUAACGGUCUAUAUCACUGAUAUCUUUGUUAUGUCUUCUAAUGCUGUUGCUUUAAGAGUUAUUACAAACUCAAGAAUGUUAGAGAGCAUCGGGACAAGUUUUAUCUGCCAUUUAGCAAAGUUAUUGACACAACACAUGGGCUAGCAGAUUAUUUCAGAGGUCAAAAGAGAUUUAGCUGUACACUCCCAAGAGUACUUUUCUAAGGAUUAGGAUUAUCUUAAAUUACAAGAAUGGAAAUUAGUAAAAAAUGUUGUUUGUUAUAUGGAAUAUUUAUAUUUAUUAAGAAAAUGUUUGUCGUUA